CCCAAAAGCAUUUAUAAUAAAUAAAUUGUGUGGCUACUCCCAAAGCAAAUAAAUAAUUAUGUUGCAUCAAAGAAUAACGGCAAAAGCGUAACAAAAGUGUGAAAAAUCGGCAACUCAACACAACAAUAAAAGUAGAAAGAAAAGUAAAUAAAUAAAAAUAAGUAAAACACGAGUUUCAAACACUCGCACGACUUAAGAGCAAUAGCCAAAAGCUCUCAAGUGGUUCACUCUUUCAUGCUGCAUACGUUAUAUUCGCGAGUGAGUGUGUUUUCGUCCGUGUUUAUGGAGUUUUGACAAUUUCUUGUGUUGUCAGUCGAAAGUUUUUUUUCUAUACCUCUACGUUGUUGUCUUCGAUCAACGGGGAAGCUGCUGGAAUACGCGUUCACUGUGCAAACGAGAAAGACUCUUCCAAAGGCAAAAAACAAAGUCGUGUUGGUUGCCAGGAUGCCGAAACUGCGACAUUAGCCACAGCAGCCAACAGGAGAGGAGCUAAACCGUCACAACAGGACACUCGAAGCAGGAGUGACUAGCAGUGGGAGAGACAGAGAGAGAGAGGGAGAUAGUAGUCCAAAUUAUAGAGGAGCAGAAAAUUGUGUUAACUAUGCCACAGCAAGUGUAUUCGGCGCAUCCAGCGCUGGCCGCUGAGCAGCUGGCAGCGCCAAGCAGCUCCACAGUCGCCGCAGCGAGCGGCAGCGCCAACAGCAGCAGGCGGAAGAACACGCCCAAAAAGUACACACUCAGCCGAAGCUGUGCGGCGCUGGCAGCUGCAGCAGCGGCAGCCAAAGCAGCAGCAGCAGUAACAGCAACAACAGCAGCAGCAACGGCAACAGCGAGCGGCAGCGAUUCGUGUCACACGCGCAAAACGCAGCCAGCGCGAACCAAUUUGGCGGCUGUGGACGACGAUGAUGACAUCGAGUGCGAGGAUGUGGAUGAUGUCAACUUUGGCCAGGAGCAGACUGUGAGGCAAGCAUCAACAACACCAACACCAACAGCAACAACAACAACAACCAAAGACAUUGGCUACGAUGAGACGGAUCAUGUGCAGUUGCGCCACAAGCGCCACAGCCGACAAAUGCCGCACAAACAGCUGGACCGGGGGGGAGGAGGUGGUGGUGGCGUCGGAUUCGCUGCCUCCACAUGUGCCGCUUCAACUGGUUCCAUUAGCGACUUGAGCAGCGUAUUGAGCUCACCAUCGGCCAGCACCGUCUCAUCGCCGCUGUCGACGCCCACGCGAACGGCGCCGUUGCAGCUGCAAUUGCAGCACAGCCAUCAGCAUUGCUGCCACAAGCAGUCGAAAGCCGCAGCAGCGGCAGCGGCGGCAGCAGCAGCAAUUGGAGCCACACACCACCACCAGCCACACCAGAAACAACAGUCGAGCAACAGUCGCCAGCAGCAGCAGCAACAGCAUCAGCAUCAUCAUCACCAUCAUCAUCAUCAUGCGGCGGCCGCUGCUGCAGCGGGCUGUGGUGCCAACGGCUCCUCCUCGUACAAGAGCAAGAAACUUGAUCCGCGCUCCAGCCCGUCGCCGUAUCGCCAGCUAUUGCCCAUUGCCCUGUGCCUGCUCUCGUUUGCGCUGGUCUUUGCCACGUUAAUUGUUUACAUGGACACGACAGAAAUCCGGCAUCAGCAAUUUCGUCUGAAUAUGUCGCGCGACUACGAGCUGAACAGCGUGGCACAAGAUGAUCCCGCACUCAUUGCAUUCCUGCGCCAGAUCCAUAUGCGCAAGUAUAUGUCUAUGGCCAAAAGCACCGCCGUCAGCAGCUCCGGGAAAGCGCCAGCAGCCACCGCUGCUGUACCGCCCGCCGGCACGGGCAACAGCAGCAGCAACGGCAGCGGCAGCGGCAACAGCGUCUCUGAUCAGCUGGCGCAUUACGUAGCCGAGUUGGUCGGCGGCAAGCUGAAUGGUGCAGUCAUCCAGUCGUUAAGCGGGCCGCUGGCUCAUCUCAUAACGGCGCCCUGGUUGAGCGACCAGCUCAAUUGGAUGGGCGUGCUGGUGGAGCCGGAGCCGCGCUGGUAUUUCGCGUUGCUCAAGCAGAAUGCGCAAAGGCAACGCAUGCAGGUGGUGCAUGCCUGUGUCUCGCCCAAUACCUAUCCCAAAGAGAUUACCAUACACAAUGAGGAUGUGCGCAUAAAUAGUUUGCACGACGAGGAGACAUCGUGGUUCAAUUCGCGUGUUAAAUGCUUUCCGCUCUACACAAUCAUGCUGGCAUGUGAGCGCACCGAAUACGAUCUGCUCAGCCUUGGCGUGCAGGGCCAUGAGCUAGAUAUCUUGCAGACGUUGCCCUUCGAUAAGAUCAAAAUCGAUAUUAUCUCGAUACAUUUGCUGGAGGAUCAUGAGGAUGUGCACGACUAUGUGCAGAGCAUAACAAAGUUCCUAGCGGGCAAAUUUUAUAAAUUGCAGCGCAAAAUUGGACGCAACUAUUUCUAUCAGCGACUCAAUGCCAGCGCCAGUCGUACGCGCAAAAAGGAUAUAUUGCUGCUCAAAACGCCACAACAAUAACAGCAAUCACAGCAGCAGCAGCAGCAACAACAACGAAUUAAACUCUA